CAGAGGAAGCAGAAUUGUCCCAAGAACAGGAGCGCCGAGCUAAAGCCCUCUGAAAAGAAGCCCUAGUCAAAACUGUGUCACUCAGCAAACUUCCUCUGAGAAAGAUCACAACCGGAUAAAGUAGGGGCAGUUUCCUUGCCUGGUAAGAGAAGGCAGUGGCAUAAUGAGGAAGCAGCUUAUCGCCCACUUUGUAGGCUUUUGCUGGCUCGUCUGCUUCAAGGGGACUCAGCAUUUCUCCAGUGCUCUGAACAGGUGCGACGAUCCAAUGCUCUGCCCUGAUCACGCAACGUGCACCAACGCUCUCCAGGGCUACUACUGCACCUGCCGACCUGGGUUCGUAUCCACUUCGGGGGCCAUGAAGUUCACCGACCCAGCCGUCCGUUGCCAUGCUGACAGGUGCGUGGAUUCAUCUCUCUGUCCUGCUUAUGCAACCUGUGACAACGUCCCCGGGAGCUACCAGUGCACCUGCAAACGUGGGUUUGCAUCUAGCUCUGGGGAGCAGCACUUCACUGACGGAACAGUGAAGUGCAACGAUAUUGACGAAUGCUCCCGGGACCCAUCGCCCUGCGGCCCCAGCUCCAUCUGCACCAACACACGGGGCAGUUACACCUGCACGUGUCCCCCAGGCUACCUCCCCCGCAGCCAGCCUGGCAUCCCGUUCAGCUGCACAGAUGUGGAUGAAUGUGCCCCAAACCCUGCAAUCUGUGGGCCCAAUGCCUCCUGCAUCAACACACCUGGGAGCUACACCUGCCAGUGCUCACCAGGGCACCGUCCGUCCAUGCCAGGGCCUUGGGUACCCGGAACAACCCGCUGCACAGAGGUCGCUUCAAACGAUCUGGUGAGGAAUUGCGAGAAUCGAGGGCUGGACGCGGCUCACGGCUCAUCCCCAGACGAUGCUGCCUUCUGCACGUUAUUGACCUCCACCUUCAGCGUCUUGGGAGACCCCACCGAAAGGAAGAACUCCAACGUCUCUCUGAAGAAAGCCGCGGAGGGAUUUGCCUCCAUCCUGGAGCAGUCGCCCUCCUGGUCCAACCUGAGCACGAAGCAGCUCUCCACCAUGGCCACCGUCUUCCUGGAGAACGUGGAGAAUGUCGUGCUGGCCGUCUUCAACAACCCGACCGGGAAUGGAAGCCAGACCAUCCAGAUGGAACAACUGGCUGUCCAGACCAAAGUCAUUGAGGACGGCUGCCCCGGAAAGGACUCAGUCAUCAGCCUGAAAGUCAAAGGGGAGACCAUGAAGAUUAGCUGCAGAACGAUCCAGGGAUCAGAGGCACAAGCCCGGGCUGGAGUGGCGUUUGCCUCCUACGUGGGCCUGGAGUCCAUCCUGAAUGGCAGCUUCUUCCAUGGCCAAAGGGACAUCUCUGUCUUGCCAGUCCGGAUAAAUUCCAGGGUGGUGAGUGCCUUCCUGACCAGCGAGACCAAGACCGAUUUCCCGGAUCCAGUCCAGUACACCUUCCAGAACAUCAUGCCAAGCAGCAGCCGCGACGAGCUCAUCUGCGUCUCGUGGGAGGCCACGGCCCGGCGUGGCAGCUGGUCUCGGGCAGGGUGCGGGGUCCUGCGCAGCAGCGCCACUCACACCACGUGCAGCUGCAAUCGCGUCUCCAACCUGGCCGUCCUCAUGGCAUCGGGGGAGAUAACGGCAGACUUCCCACUGUUCCUCGUCUCCCACGUCGGGCUGGCCCUGUCCGUGCUGUGCCUCUUCCUCGCCAUCCUCACCUUCCUCCUGUGCCGCUCCAUCCGCAACGUGAACACCUCCAUCCACCUGCAGCUCUGCCUCUGCCUCUUCCUGGCCGACCUGCUCUUCCUCACCGCGGUGGACAGACCCGGCCAUCAGCUGGCCUGCGCCAUCAUCGCUGGCAUCCUGCACUACCUCUUCCUGGCCUGCUUCGCCUGGAUGUUCCUGGAGGCCGUGGUGCUCUUCCUCACCGUCCGCAACCUCGGGGUCGUCAACUAUUUCAGCACUCACAGCCCCAAGAUGGGGCACCUGAGCCUCUUCGGCUACGGCUUCCCUGCCCUGGUAGUGGCCGUCUCGGCGGCGGUUAUGCCGGAGGGCUACGGCAGACAGGAAAACUGCUGGCUCAGCAUGGAGAAGGGGUUCAUCUGGAGUUUCCUGGGGCCGGUGUGUGUCAUCAUCGGGAUGAAUUCCGUCCUUUUCGCCUUAACCCUCUGGAUGCUGCAAAGAAAACUUUCCAGCCUGAACACUGAAGUGUCCACCCUCAAGGACACCAGGCUACUGACCUUUAAAGCCAUCGCCCACGUCUUCAUUCUGGGCUGCACGUGGAUUUUCGGUCUCCUUCAAGUCGGCCCAGCUGCCACGGUCAUGGCGUAUUUAUUCACCAUCGUCAACAGCCUGCAGGGAGCCUUCAUCUUCCUGGUGCACUGUCUCCUCAAUCGCCAGGUGCGGGAGGAGUACAAGAGAUGGUUCACCUGCAAACCCAAGUCCUACGUUUCUGAUGUCUCCAUGUCUACUUUAGCCACCAGCAGCAAAGCGGGCUGACGUUCUGGUCGGGAGGCAGGAGACGCCAUCGCGCCGCAGGAGAAGGAAGAGCUUAUCGCAGAACUUGAAUCUGCCUUCUUUAAAGUACUUGUAGGAUCCCAACUUCGAAACCAACCUGCCAGCUGGAGUGUGAUCCCGGGGUUAAAUCAGCGGGCUGGGAAGGGGAGAGGAGUGUCUGGAUUAGAGCCAGGGGUGCUGGUAGUCAGGACUCCUGGGUUGUCCUAUCCCUGGCUGUGGGGUCUAGUGGUUAGAACAAGUUACACUCCCUAGACAUUGGCCAGUAGCACCUAUAGCUUAAUCUGCUGCUGCUUUUCUGAGAUUCCCUUUCUCCUUAUUUAUCAUCCCCCCCAAAUUGUUCAGUCCCCUGAAAUCUGAGUAGGUUUUGCAUGUCUGUGGCAUUUCAAUACUGUAAAAUGAGUUCGAUUUUGAA